AUGACGAAAGGACGCAAGCGCAAAGCAGAUGGUAUGCCUUCUCUUAUGAUUAUUCCCUUCUCGAAAUUACUCACCAAACUCAAUGCAGAUACCGACGAUGCCUCGCCCCAACCCCGGUCGCGUCGCCGGUACGGAAGCUCUCCGGAAAAGACUCAGGACACCAAUCCACCAGUCGAACACUACGAGUCUACUAUUACCUCAAAAGAGCCCAGCCGUCCCCCAAAGCCCCCCCAUCAGCCUCAGCCCUCAGACUCCGACGCCGCAUCGUUCAAACGCAAAGUCUCCAGCGACCAAAAAGCCCUCGAGGCCCUGCUAAACAAGCAACUAAGCGAUGCCCUUGCCAACGAGCAGACCCACCGCGCCGACAUCGCCGCCCAAAUUGCCAAUAUCUUCCAAGAAGCCGCAGCAGCCCAGUCUGUCACCAAUCCGCCCAAGGGCCUCGCCGGCGCGGGUUUCUUCACCAACCUCGCCGGCGCGGGUUUCUUCACCAACCUCACCACCGCGGCGUUGCUCGUGCAGCGCUCACAUGAGAUGCUUCGUGACUACGACGCUAUGGCGAUGCGCAUUGAGGACGCGGUGCCGGAGGCCGAUAGAGCUUUGCCGGAGGUUUGGAGGGGGGAGGAGGCGCGGGUGAGGAGGGUGCUGGAGGUUGGGUAUAGGGUUGCGGUGAAGAAGGUGGAGGGGGCUUUGGGGGUGGAGAGGGAUGAGGAUGAGGAAGAGAUGGAUGGGGAUGCUUGGAAGGUGGUACGGGAGAAUUUCCAGAGGGUGCAGGCGCAGAAGGUGCUGGAUGUGGCGGGGACGGUGAGGUAUGCGGAGAGGGGGGUGAUGAGGAUGGCGAAGGGGUUGCCGUGGGAGAGGAUGGGGUGA